AUGAGAAAAUUGGCCAAAAAAUAUGGUCCAAUAUUUACCGUAUAUUUGGGAAACAGUCCGCAAAUAGUGAUCACCGAUCCGGUCAUAGCUAGAGAUGUAUUCAAUAAAUCAGAUUUUGCGGGAAGGACUCAAUCAUAUUUAGAUUACGAUCCGAGUAUUGAACGAGAUUUUUGCGAUACACUGAUUGCGGCUAAAAAUAAUGCACUGCUCCGGGAGGUGGGAGGGAAAGGUAGCAAACAAUCGUUGGCUAAGUAUCUAACGGAUGAUAAGCUCGGUUUGGCUGUGUUUGACAUAUUUUUUGCGGGAAUCGAUACCACAUAUAAUACAUUUCAAUGGCUACUAUUGUUUUUAGCCAAUGAUUUAAAUGUGCAAAAAAAAUUACGUAAAGAAAUUUCCGAUAAAAUCGGUGACCGAUUGCCAACACUUGACGAUAGACAUCGAUGUCAUUAUGUAAUGGCAUUCAUAUCGGAAACAUUAAGAUUCAGAAAUAUUGGUCCAAUAGGUUUGGCUCAUAAGGCUAUAGUCGAUAGUAAAAUAGGUGAUUAUACGAUACCGAAAAAUAUGUCAGUAUUUGUUUAUCAGGGAUUUGUAUUGAGAAACGAUAGCAACAAGUAUUGGACAAAUCCUAAUGACUUUAUACCCGAGCGCUUCCUCGACAGUGACAACCAUUAUAUGAUAACCCGUUCACAACAAACAGCUUUCAUACCUUUCGGUGUCGGACGUCGUGUAUGUUUAGGCGAAAAGUUGGCCAUCGCUGACCUGUUUCUGGUUUUGAUCCGAUUUCUACAGUCGACACAAAACUAUGACAUUGUUUUGGACAGUCAUCCGGGUUUUGAUGCCGAUCCUUGUAAUAGUGAUUCAAUUACACCCAAUAGUUAUACAAUUAUGUUUAAAUCUAAAUCAUAA